AUGGAAAAUCCCCAACCCGGCGCUCUGAGCUGGCGCCUCAGCGCCCACCCCAUCACACUGCUCUGCUUUCUCGCAUUCCGGACAUCAUCCCUCCUAACCUACCUCUUCGGCCUCCUCUUCACCUCCAACUACGUCCUCAUCUUCAUCAUCACGAUCCUUCUGCUCGCUGCGGACUUCUACUACCUGAAGAACAUCGCCGGCCGGCGCCUGGUCGGGCUAAGAUGGUGGAACGAAGUCGACACGGGGUCAGGGGAGAGCCAUUGGGUGUUUGAGAGCGCGGAGGAGGGCAGUAGGGUCCAGAAUAUGACGGAUAAGAGGUUCUUUUGGCUCGCGCUGUAUGUGCAGCCUGUGCUGUGGGUCGCGCUGGCGGUCGUGGCGAUUGUGAAGUUGCAUUUCAUUUGGUUGACGCUUGUCACAGUCAUCGCGAUGGUCCUGACGAUCACGAACACGCUGGCUUUCUCGAGGUGCGACAAGUUCAGCCAGGCUACUAACCUCGCGUCUAACGCGAUUUAUUCUGGCGGGCUGGCACGGAAUGUUGCGAGCGGGCUAGUUAGCCGGCUCUUCAGGUAG